CGAUAAUAUGGUGGAACUUGACCCAAGGGUGUAAUUGUCAUUUUGACUUUUGGGAAGAGCGGGGUGUAACACUCUCUAUUCAAGAACACAUGCACCGGGUGCUUAUUCUUUAGUUUAUUAGUACACUCACUAUUCGAGACAUGAGGGGUGUCGCCGACCUUGAGGAUAACAUUCAGUUUCAACUCGGAGGAGAGUAUCGUCACAUGUCAAUCCGGGAGUUCACUAGAGCAAUGGACAUCUACCAGGUAGGCUUCAUUGAUUCACCUAAUGUUUCGCCACCUUGACAAGGGAAUCCGACUUCCCUUGUUUCAAUGCCUUCUAUGAGUCUGAAGUCAAGAAACCCGUGAGCCGACAAUGGGACAGGAGAAUAUCAAAAGACAGUGACGUGCAACCAGAGUGACGACUCAUCCACCACGUGAUUGCUAGGUCUGUGGGAGGAAAGAAUAGGAGCAAAGGCAAUCUCACCGCCCGGGACAUCACCCUAUUUCAUAGAAUGCGCCUCCCUGCCCUCCCACAAUCUCUCCAUCUCGGCCUAUCAAUCUUAUCUAUUUUCAAGCGUUACGAGAUGGAUCACCGACUUGCCGCACUCCACGGAGGAGUGUACGUCAUCCAACUUGCCAGAUAUUUUCAAGUCGAAUUCGGAGCUGUGCAAUUUCGUUUGGAUCGAAUGACCAUUCCUAUAUCUUUCGGUGUCUUGAAGUCAAAACUUAAGGUGCUGCACAUGAGCAAUGAUGGCAUUUGGGGUGUGCGGGGAUUCCCAUUCCCAACCACCAAUACAUUGGACGUGGGAGGAACCGUAUUCCAUCUUUCGGAAGCUAGGAGGGCAAGGGACCAAAGAGGAUUGACAACCGAGGAAGACCAAGAGGAAAGUGUGCAUGAAGGAGGAGAGGUGCAUAUUCCCACUUUUCAACCGGUUCACCCACUGAGCAAUAAUGCAAUAAUUUAUAGAAGGGAGAAGGAAGCACGACUUCACAUUAUGGCAUGCAUCCACGCGAUCAUGGAGAAGAUGAACAUUCCGAUCGAAGAAGUGCUGGCCACAGUCAACCAUUCUGAAGAAGAAGAAGAAGAAGAAGAAGAAGAAGAAGAAGGACACUCUGAGGAGGAAUGAGUCUAAGCAUCCAGGACCUAAGUUCUAUCUUUUCUUUUUCUUUGCUUUUCUUUAUUUAAAUAAAAACAAUGUUUAAUU